AUCAGAGCGGAGUGAGUGCUCUUGUUCUGCUCGAACGAUCUUUGGCUACAGAGCCGAGCAGCUGUCAAUGCACACUAGAGCGUCACGACUGGUAGGAGGCUUUGUGGACGAGCAGAGAGGCUUUAAAAUGCAACUCAGCGACGUUUUUCGUACUUUAUCACCUUGUCGCAUGUGCAGUACGUGACACGUCCCAAACGUUCCUAUCUAGCGUGCGAUAAAGAAGCCGAGAGGUCUUGACUUUCUCAGGGGUGUUUUUGUGUGUCUGUGUCCGGAGCUGACGGACGGUGGAGUACAGCCGCCGCCGCUGCUGCUGCUGGUGUCCGUUGUGUGCUGCUCUGUCCAUCCGGCAGGACUUGUCCAGACAUGAGUAACGUUAAUCUGAUUUUUUGGGACCAGUUGCAGGCUGGCAGCUCCGAGGUGGACUGGUGUGAAGGCAACUACCUGAUAUACCCCACCAUCGCUGAAUUUUACAACACGGUCGGUUUUGACUUGUAGCUGCUGAUGAUGAUGAUGUUCGCUCCUUUUCUUUUUUUUUGUUCUGUUUUUGCACAAUGCAGCUUUGUUUACAGGGACAGCUGGCUUUUUUAUUCUGGCUUCUUGUUUUUCUUUCUUUGUACUGCACUGCCUCUUUAAUAAUUGCCAUGAAUGUUAUCUUCAGGUUAGCCGUAGCGAGCUGUAAGUCCUACUGACUUUAUUAGGCGUUUGGCUGCUUCGACAUCAUGAUAUGUACCGCUAUAGCUUCAGGUUACAAAUGUUUCUUUUCUUCAUUUUCACUGCCUGACAGUUUUCUCUUAAGGCCUGGUCGUUUUCACUGAGCUGCAGUUCAACUGUGAUGUAUUUCUUUGCUCAUAGCUUUCUUUUGUUUAUCAUUUCAGAUCAGCAACAUUUUGUUUUUUGUUUUGCCGCCCAUAUUAAUGUGCUUAUUCCGCCAAUAUGCAACACAUUUCAACAGUGGGAUUUACCUCAUAUGGAUUCUUCUUGUUGUGGUUGGUAAGUUUGCUUGUUGGCAUUCAAGACGUGUUGUUGUUGUUGUGUGUCUGUGUCUGAGUGUGUGUCGUGUUUGAUAAUGACCUCCUAACCCUGCAUGUUUGAAGAGAGGUUUAACUUCCAUAUAAUGUCAAAUUUCAACCAGUAAAUGUCCAAUACAGAUCAAUACAGAGUCCAACUAGUUUUGCUAAAUAUAGGGCAAUGAUUGAAUGUCUUUAUAUAAAUGUGAAUUCUCCCUUCUUCUUCUUCUUCUUCUUUAUUUAUCUCAAACUUUAAGAACAACAACAAAAAAAUAACUAAAAAGAAAUACACCGAACAAAAUAAUACAUAUAACAACUGUACAUGUGAAAGAUAAGUUUACACAACAUAUAUAUCUCGAAAUAAACAAUUUUAAGAAGAAACAGAAUGAAGCAAAAAACUUAUCUAGUCCCACCCAUUCCGUGCAAACUAGAGAUCAAAAAAAUCUAUUUGUAUAAAUUACAAAGAUCUGUAUAAAUACCUACAUAUUAAAGAUAUUUGCUCAACACUAUAUAGGUUACUUAUUGUAAUUACUUGCAUAUUUUAAUAAUAGUCAGUGUUAUAAUAUUCAGAAUUAAUAUUACUUAUGCAAUCAAGUAUGUCUAGUCUAUGUCUAUGUCUUUUUUAAUACUUCUCUAAAGUUUGAUUUAAAUAUUUUGAUGUUAUUAGACUUUUUUAAAAGUGACAUCCAGGCUGUUCCAGAGUUUAACACCACAAACAGAAAUGCACAUACUUUUCAGAGUUGUGCGGACAAUUGGACAAAUAAAUUUAUGUUCGCCCCUCUCUGGUUUUGAACAUCUUUUGUAGGUUACCAGGUAACUUACUUCGUGUUACUCUGUACAGCACAAAUGCUGUACAAAUUCUAUACUUCAUUUUAUCUACAGAAAACCAUUAGAAAAGGCAUGCAUAGGAAUGUAGUGUCUAUUAUGUAACAUAAAAAGAAACUAGAUGAACCAAAAAAUUGGCAUUUCAUUGCUCAGAGCAACAAGUCAUCGUAAAUAUCUGAGAAAUGAGUACUUAAUGUUUUUAAUGAUAUUAACUGAACACUUUGGGUGUGUUUUAGGAGGCAAUCAGGAAGUAUAGUACAACAAUUUGCACAAAAAAAGUCCAGAUAAAAACAGUUAUUUCUUUCUUUUCUCACAAACCCCUCAUGCCAUGGAAACAGAAAAGGCUAUUUUGGCAUCAUGCAGUAAAUUACUUUAUUUGACACUUGCACCUCAGGCAUCAAAAAGGCAGCCUGGGAAAAAAAAGGUCAAUUUUGGCGUCUUUUGCUUUUGCACGUUAUAAACAGCUCAAAAAGUCCUCACAUGAGCUUGAACUAUACCAGUCACAUUUCUGUAUAAUAUGAAAGGCAUUUGAAAAGAUUUUAAUAUUAUAAAAAAAAAGAAAAUUGCAAAUAAUCAAGAAAAUAACUCACAGAUGAAUAAGUGAUAACAAACAAUAGUACUAUCAGCACUAGAGUACACUUGAAUAAUACAAGUUGUACAUUUCAUGUGUGUUUGAGUUGUAUUUAGGUGCUGAAUCUGGUAUGCUGACAUUUUUAACUUCAAUAACAACACUGAGGUUUGCUCAGCUAUGGUACCAGUUAUAGCUUCAGCUUCUCCUGAAUCAUUUCACCCUCCUUUUAUAAUGACUGGGCUCAUUCAGCUGCUGUAUGAAUACGCCUUUUGCCUCGAUUUCAUAUGAUUUGACACAGUGUUCUCAGUUCUAGUGCCACUGUACAGUACAGUGUGGAAACAUUCAAAAAAAGAUUAUGGAGCUGAGUUUCCUCACUGCUGCUAUGUAAACAGUCAGGUUGCUGUGUCAGAGCAGAUAACCUGACAGACCUCCCUCUGUUCCUGAGAACUGACCUGAGUGCGUGGUACAAAACAACUGGAGCUGUUAGCUGGUGGGAUCUGCAUAUAACGAAUAAGCAACAACGAGUCCAAUGUAAAUAGGUCAUCUCCUCUCACUCUAUUUCUUUGUGUUAAUCUCCUUCUGUUCGAGCAGAGUAGUCCCAUGUUGCAUGAAUGACACUCAGGGGCUCCGAUUGCUUCUCUGAGAAAUCCACAAGCCGUCAAAAACACACAGCAGACAAAAGGUUACAUAGUUUCAUCUCUCUUCCAAUGACGUUAUAGUUAAAAUGACCUUUGACCUUGAGCAGAAAAACAUCCCCUUGGGUGAAAAAAGGAAAAUGACAUCCAGCUGCUUUUCUCCUGUUUUUGGCCUCAGCUGUACGCGGGCUGAGUCAUUCACAUUAGUUUGGGAUGGCUGCAUUGUGCCUACUUUCAGAAGCUAAAGUAUCCACCGUGAGUUUAGACAGAGCUGUAACUAAACAUUAUCUUGUUUUUCUAUUUUUGUCCCUAAAAUGUUGGGAAACAGUGAAACAUUCAUAGUUUUCUAAUUCAGGUCAGUGUCAGCUUUAUGUAAGGUCUGUAUUUUCCAAUAUGAACCCUCAAUCAUGUAAACUGUUGAUAGUCAAUUUGAUCUAUCAACAUGGUCUACAAGAUGUAAGAAAGUGGAUUAAAAAAUGUCUCCUAAAGAUGUAAAGUUAAUGUCAAGAGUGCACCAGUAAACAGUUUGGCAUAAUGAAGUGAAGAAAACAGAAAAAGUAUCAGCUGACUGUAGGUUCACUGCAUGGUGGACAGGUUUAACUGAGAGCAGAAGCGACUCUUGGAUAAGAAGGUAGUUGAAAGGAAGGAAGGAGUCCCCUACAGAGCCUGUUACAAAAACAGAUUACACUGAUUAUAGACACUCUGUGGGAGCAUGAUAACAAACUGGCACUGACUGAUCUGUCUGUCCAGAGCAUUUGAAACUCUCAGUGACUGACCUUUGAGUAACUUUUCAGUAUUCAUAAUUGUUUGUAACACAUUUAGAUUAAAUCAGCAGCUGUUCUCUAAUACUGCAGAAACUGAGUUACUUUGGCUACUUUUCCCAAGUGCUUUGUGGUGAAGGUUUAGUGUCUUGACUUGCUUUCCUUCUUUGUUGAUUAAAGAAAGUGUUAGGGCUGGGCGAUAAAGCGAAAAACUACAGAUACAGAAAUUUACGACAAUAACCAACGUCAUUUUGCCCAUAUGGGUAUAUUCGGUGUCAAAAAAUUAAAGUUGGUUUUAGAUGUGUGUAGGUAGGCUCUAUCCAGUCUGUAACAAAGAGGGAAAGACAGGUGAGGAGAUGGAGGACAGUUCAAAAGUUUUGGUGGCUGAAGUAGAUGAAGUUAAUGUGGGAGGGGGUUAGCAGCUUGUGGAGUAGUUAUCGUCCCUAUAUAGCUAUCGAGGUGAACUGCUUAAUAUAUAAUGAUAUUGAUUAGAGGCCAAAUCACCCAGUCCUAGAAAGUGUUAUGACAUGAAAUACAAACAAACAAGUCCCAUUAAAACAGUCUUUUAACACUUUGAGCGGCUGCUGACUCUCUAUUGAUCACAUUUCUUUUUUGUGUCCUUCAGGUAUCGGCUCCACAUAUUUUCACGCCACCCUUAGUUUCCUCGGCCAGAUGUUGGAUGAGUUGGCCAUCUUGUGGGUGCUCAUGUGUGCUAUCGCCAUGUGGUUUCCAAAAAGAUACUUACCCAGGAUGUUCAGAAGGGAUCGGUAGGUUUGAUCAGAGCAUGGUUAUGUUAGGAUUCAUACUUUUUCUAAGCUUUUUGAUCAAACUAGGGCUGUUUUUCAGCAGACUUCCCCCACAGCCUUAGGAGUAACUACAACAGCGAAUGAUAUCUCAUUUGAUCCCUGAUCAAUGAAUUCAGAGAGAGAACUUCACUGUGCAUUUAUCAGUGUUUAGCUGGGCAGGCUUAGGUAGUUUUAUUACUAAAAAUCCAACAUUCAGACAAAAGGAGAACAUUUUUAUUUCUGCUAAUUUAACACUAAACUGUUUGAAUUGACUUGUCGGCAGUAUUUCUGUCAGACAUGCAGAGUUGAGCAGCUUCAUGUGUUGAGUUCACAGUUGGCUACUGUUUUGUCAUGUGAUGGCUUCACUGCUAUGACUCCCUGUUUAAUAAUAGGCCUGUCCGAGAUAGCUGACACUAGGAAAAGCUACAUCACAUGUCUUGACUUCUCUUUCCAUUGUCACAGAGUAGCUGAGAGAUUCUUGUUUACUGAUCUGUUUACAGUGUUUUGUUUUUUUUGUUUGUUUCAUUUUCUGAGAUGUCUCAACAUUCUUCAUAAAUUUCACAAUCCUGUUCAUGGCAUUUAUUACACACUCUGCUCUUCUGGCUUGUUUGGCUCAUAAUCUAGGUCAAGGUUCAAAGUGGUCAUCGGUAUCUUGUCAGGGAUCACCACUGGGCUGGCCUUCGUGAAACCUGUUGUCAACUCUUUGUCACUCAUGACUCUGGGCAUCCCCUGCACUGCACUGCUCAUUACUGAGCUAAAAAGGUUUGUCAAAAGGUUCCUCAUUAUUAAAACAGUAGAGCAGAGCCAGGUCAUGAUGUCCUCUGACUGUGAGUCCAUUUAAAAGCUCAGGAAGUUUUCAGGGAGUUGCAGCUGUAAAAGCCUUAUUACCUUGAGACACUGACUUGGUUGUAUGGAUUCAAUGAGGCCUCUGAGAGCAUAACAAAUAUUUAACCUUUAUUAUGUACAUUUGGGGGCAGUGGGCUAAAUGUGUAGCUAGGGCUGGGCGAUAAAACGAUAACGAUAUAUAUUGAAAAUUAAUUUCCCUCAAUAUCAAUAUGAAACAUGGUCAAUAUCCUUUUUGAUAGUUGGCAUUGUGCCAUGUUUUGGUAGACUAUACGAAUAGCGAAUGAAAAGAGGAGUUGCUGCGGGUCCACUUUGGGCUGAACCAGUCGUGCUGAAUUAGAGCCAAGUGGCAAAAAACUGCGUAGUAGCGGGCUGCAGCUACACGCAACCAUAACACGUGAAGCCAACAGCACUGUCGGUGAGAUAAAGAGAAAAUGAGUGCUACCCUCAGCAGAAAUGCAGAUGAAGACUCAACAGAUGAUGACAUCGUCAACAACACUGGCAAGAAAAUGUUGGUGGCGUCGAGGUAUUUUGUUUUUUUGAGGUCGGACAUGAAACAGAGUAAUGUGCACUGCAAAUUAUGUCGAGUACAUGUUCUUGCAAAGUCGUGGAGUACAUCAAAUCUUUUCACCACCUGCUCAGCAGAGCACGCACAAUGCAAAAGGUUACAAACCUCGAGCCCAGCAAGGAGCCCAUGGCGCCUGUGUAGCUGAAACAUCCGACCAUUAAGUCCGCUUUAUCUAGCGCAACCCCUUGCGACAAAAUGUCGAAGAGACACAAAGACCUCACAGAUGCAGUAGCUUAAUGUAUUGCGAAAGACAUGCUACAAAUAAGCACUGUUAAAUUCCAAUUUUUCAUAUCAUGAUAUAUAUCGAUAUCACUGAUAUGAAAAAAAAUAUAUAGCGAGUAACUUUUUCUCAUAUCGUCCAGCCCUACAUGUAGCAAACGCUCGGGGCAAAUGAUCAGUUUUGUUUUUCUUUGGAUCAGGCUGAACCAAGUCUCUGUUCAGGUUUUGAUGUCGUGAAGACAGUUAAAAUGAUUCUUGGUGAGGUGAAACAGUCAAAAAAAGCUGUGUCAUCUAGACCAGCGGUUCUUAAGUCCAGUCCUCGAGGCCCACUGUCCUGCAUGUUUUGGAUUUUUCCCUGCUCCAACACACCUGAUUCAAAUGAUCAGCUCGUUAUUAAGCCAUUAUAGAGCUUGAUAACGAGCUGAUCAUUUGAAUCAGGUGUGUUGGAGCAGGGAAACAUCAAAAACAUGCAGGACAGUGGGCCUCGAGGACUGGACUUGAGAACCACUGGUCUAGACAGAACAUAAUAAAAAGGUUAUAAUGGUUGGACGUACAAACCAACGAUUUAUACUGACAACAAAUGAAGCUCAAACAUUGUUCCUUAGUGAAUAGAUCAUUUUAUGCUGCAGUAAAUAUAUGUAUACUGAAGUCAAUGUAAUAGAUGUUUAGGCUCCUUUAUUAGUUAAUGUGCAAUGAAUGUUAGCUAAAUUUAAAGAUUAAUGAAUCUUAACUUUUUGGUGUGCCUCUUCUGGAUCUGGGUUGGGGAAUUUGGGUUGUGUGAUUAUCUGCAUGUGAAAGCAGCACAGUUUUUUAGAAGUGGGUCACACUUCUAUUUGUAAAUCCACGUUACUUUGAAUGAUUGAUAACAGACUUGAUAAGAAAUUUGAACUUAAAAUGACCCUUGGAUUUAAACCCUUAUCACAGUUUGUGUGCUCGAUAGGUUUCUGUACUGAAACCUGCGACUGCCAUCAAAGUACAGAUAAGUAACUGAAUCAUGAUUCCCUACUUAAACUUUAAAGAAGCCUCAGCUAGUUUAAGCUUUAAUCAUCAAGUAAACUACGUAACACUGUUGUAGCCACUAUAGCUGCCCCACAUGCCGAAAGUUAAAUUAAAUGAAGUGCAAGUUAUUCUUUAUUCAUAUUUUAAAGCAUGUACAUCAUAACUUUGAGCUAUCAGAACCACAACAACACGAACUCUGUGCUUUCAGUCUUCCCAGUGAACCACAACCAAAACAGAGUUAGGAUGGGCUUUCUACACUCUGUACUACUUGAACACGUCUCCUUUGGCCUUUUGUGCUUGUAUUGUCUAAUGUAAUGUUGUCUGUUUCAGGGUAAUUAUAGGGUCUUAUGAUGUGAAAGAAUGUUCCUGAAAACACACACACGCACACACAACAAGCAGCUUGUGUGUGUGUGUGUGUUUGUCUCUAAAGCUCUCCUCCGUCACACUAAUGGGAAACUUCCCGGCUGUUUCCGUUUCCCACAUCCCUUCCUCUCCAUCGUCAGUCUUGUAACCUCCAGUCAUCCAUUGUUCACCAUUUAAGUAAUUCUUGACAUUACUGAAAGUGCCAGUCAUGUACCGAGACCACUUGUUUUCGUUUCUGCUAAGUGGGAGAGAGUUCCUGUUAGCUGAUGGACUUGUGCUCUCAGAAACAACAGGCAUUAUUGGUAAUGUUUGCUUUUUUACUGUACCCUGGUGCCCCCUCUGUUCAAGCCACUUCCAGGUGGAGGUUUGGUUUAUUCAUUGUAAAUAUUGCACAACAGAAAGCGGCUGAGACGGUGAUUCUUAUCACGCUUGUGCUACAAAAGCUAUGAUAUAUAAAUACAGACCAGGUAUGCUACAGGACAAACCAAAAUGAGAGGAAUCUGUGUGAGCAAAGUUUAUUUUUACAUCGCAAAGUUCUGUCUGGGUACAUCCAAAAACUUCAUAUCAACUUAAUACCUCUACUCAUUAGUACAUUCCCUGUAGGCUAGCAUGACUUUAAAACACAUAUGCAUGAAAUAAAUGUGAAUGAAACGGAAUAUUUGCAGGGGAAAAUAUGUAUCAUUACAUACACGUAAACGUAAAUAUGGAAUUUCCCUCCAAGGAGCAAUAAAUGUCUUCUUCUUCUUCUCCUUCUUGAAGAGGAAAUAUCUGUAGUUCAUUUUGAUGGGUGGCUAAAAGGAUAAGUGCAGCAAUUGAACUCUCAUGUUGACUUACUAACUGACCAUAAACACCUUUUUUCAAUACAGUGAGAGGAAAAUACUAAUACUGUGGAUAUGCAUGAUACUAAUUUGGAGCUAGGUGGUUAGGAUGAUCUGUUUUUUAUGGCUCAUCUGAUUUAUCUAAACAUUUUAAUAUCUAAGAAACAACAUCAACCUCUAAGAGUACAAAUAUCUGGUGCCUUUUUAUGACAUUGAAACCUACAGAAGAAGAAGUAGAAGAAGCUCUUUGGUGUCUGUAAUAAGUAUCCGGCCUCGUUGCUCUGAUCAUAUAGAGCCUCUUCCUCUCUUUUCCCUGGAGUGACAGAAGCCUCUCAGCAGUACUUCACCCAGAUCGGCCUUUCCUCUCACUUAUCUCUGCCUCCAACAGUUAGACUCCAUCACACCCACCAACCCUCCAUCUGCAGGGAGAAGUCCUAGUUUCAUGUCAUGUUUCUUAUCUCUCUUGCUUCUGUUUGAGCUGAUAGGCUCAGUAUCCCAGACAUCCGGCCACGUGGUGAUGCUUUUGUCAGUUUAUGUUUGGUUUGUGUGCCGGAAGGGACGUUGGUGAACAGGGCAGCUAUACUGUGGCUGAUCCACUGUCGGCGUUAGCUCUCAUCUGAACAGCAAGAAUUGAAACACUUAAAGUAGAAUGAAAUACUGAUGGCAAUAUAAUGGCUGAUUACCCUUGAGGAAGUCUGUCUAUUUUAGUGCUUCCUAUUGCCCUGACUCUGUCUCUUGAUCAAUUAUGUAAUUUGGUGAAAAUUUGCCUGUUUUUUUUUUUUUUAACCUUCCUUCUGGGUUAGGGUCUGCACCGACCCGUUUUUGUUUUUAAAUGCAUAAAAGAACCACUUAAAUUAGCUUUUUUGCAUCAAGACUUUUUGACUUUGUUAGGAACCUCUAUUUCAACAAAAUAGAAAUAAAAAAAAUUAUUGACUUAAUUAUAAAAUACUCUUAUUAAAAUGAUGGCACUUGUCGUGUUAGUGUCGCUGUCGACUCGUUUUGUUUAAAAAUCAAUAAUCAGAGCAAAAACUAAAAUCAUAUGUGCACUGUCAGGCAGUCAGAUCCUCUUCCAAUCAUGUGAGAUGUAGGGAAUUCUCAUUUUGCCAUGUUAUUCCCUGCACAAAAAACAACAUCGGGCAUGUCCAGACAUGUUAGAUCAAUUCAGUAUAGAUGUCUGUGUGAGCGGUAUACUGACAAAGAAGGUCCACAACAAAAAAUAUUUAAGCAAUAUUUUCAUGGAUAAUGAAGCCUGACAAGUUAACCUAGAGAUGAGAACAAAAUUGGAUGAUAGAGAAUCGUUUUUAGUGUAAUUUACAGCUGAUUUAAGACCCUUAACAUAGUGGGUGCACAGUAAAAGCUAACAAAGGAGGAAGGAUAGCAACCUGCUUAAAGAAAGUCUAACUUACAAGAUAUCUUAAAUGUGAUAUCAUAAAUGUGAAGGUUAAUCCCUGAUCUUUCAGCUUCCCACCGUAUCUGCUCAUACUCAGAGUGUUUUCCACUGUUGCUCUGCAUUUUCACAUAUAGGCUGCAACAAUCAAUAUCUCCCAACACUGGAUCGAUAAAGAGCAUGAAUGUAAAAGGGGUCAUUCAUCAGGGCUUCUCUACUUAUCUUGAAAUCACUGCUCGGAAUUUUCCAGGGCCUGUGGCAUCAUUUGUGUUUGUUUUUUAUCUAUGUUGUGCUGUAGCUCUUUCUGGAAAGAGUUGGUGUCCCAACAUUCCUGUCUCCCUGAAACAAUGCUAAUUUGAAUUAAAGGUUUGUAAACUGCUAUGACCUAACCAAGUGUUCUGUCUUAAGGGAAGGUAAAAAAGAUUGUCACGGUGACUAAACAGUUGCAUCACAGUCUAGUCAGGUUUCCUUGCCCUUCUUUGUUUGCCCCAGCCAGCAGCAGCUGCAGCAGGGCUGUGACUGCUCUGUCUAAAGAGGACAAGACUAAGAAUAGUUUUGCAGCAAUUUUGGUUGGCAAGUGACUCAGACGGUCACUGCUGUGUCCACUUGGAUAUAUUUGUGCAGGGUAAACCAGAGAAAUGGGUUAUCAGAAUGACAUAUAUAACUAUAGAUCAAUGCGGUGUGCAGUACAGCCUAUAGUCUAACAUCCUGGCAUGCACAUCUUUGUUGUAAAUGUAAAAAAACAGAGGUGGGAGCCUUAAAACAGACUUAAUCAGACUUUUACAAUGACUUCAAACACAUUUAUUCAUGAAUAAAAAAACAUUGCUGGUCAGACAUCGUCUGUAUGUCUACUUUGUUCAGUUAUCAGCCAUCAAACAUGCAUUUAUGUAUUCGUGUGUGUAUGUAUGUCCUCGGGUUUGCACACGUUUCUCAUUGCUCUGUUUGGCUUCUGCAGGUGUGAAAACCCUCGAGUGUUCAAGCUGGGUCUGAUCUCAGGGAUCUGGUGGGCACUGGCUCUGCUCUGUUGGAUCAGUGACAGGAUAUUCUGUGAAAUGUGGUCAUCUGUCAACUUUCCCUAUCUACACUGUGCUUGGUAAGCUCAAACACAGCUCAGAGGGGCGAGUACAUUUGGACUAUCUUCUCAGUGAAAAAUGUUCUCGAAAUGUUGCUCUGCUCUCAGUUGAAUUACCAAAUCUAGAUCAUAUGCAAUAAUGUGUUUUUGCAUUUUAAACAUUGACAGUUUACAAAAAGAGAUCUGUGGACACCAUAAAAUUAUUUCAGUGUCUUUAUCAGCAUGUUUCAAGAGCUUUAAAUUUCAAUUUCAAUGAGCUUUAUUGGCAUGAUUGUUAUGACAAUGUUGCAAAAGCAUUUUAACACAAAAAUAAUAACAACAAUAAUGGUGAUAGUAAUAAUAAUGAUAAGAAAAAAAUAUACUACUACUACUACUACUACUACUACUACUACUAAUAAUAAUAAUAAUAAUAAUAAUAAUAUAAUAACAACAACAACAGCAAUUAUAACAAUAAUAGAAAUAAUGAUAAUAAUAAUAAUAGCAAUAAUAGUAAUAAUAACAAUGAUAGUAGUAAUAAUAAUAAUAAUAGCAAUAAUAGUAAUAAUAAUAAUGGUAAUAAUAAUAACAAUAAUAGUAAUAAUAAUAAUAACAAUAAUAACAAUAAUAGUAAUAAUAACAAUAAUAGUAAUUAUAAUAAUAAUAAUAGUAAUUUUAACAAUAAUAAUAAUAAUAGUAAUUUCAUAUAGGGUUUAAGGUGUUGUUUUAAUGAUGAUAUCAUUGCCACUAUACUGCACAUGAGUCUGUUUUGGGUUAAUUUCCCCUCUCCUUGAUCUCACAGGCACAUCCUCAUAUGUCUCGCUUCCUACUUGGGUUGUGUUUGUUUCGCCUACUUUGACGUUGCAACCGAGGCCCCUGAACGAGGACCCGUCAUCAUGUUCUGGCCCAAUGAGAAAUGGGCUUUCAUCGGGGUGCCGUACGUCUCUCUGCUCUGUGUCAAAAAGUCUGCAAUCAAGGUGACAUAAGGCGACAGAAGUGGAGUCUGCUGCUGUUCUGGUCAUGCUUUAACAAUUCUCACCUGGGUGUAUCCAAACCAUGAGAUACAACACUACGUCAGUGAGUCAGGUAACAUCCCCCGGUGCUUUCGUUCAUGAUGAGGUGAUGUUGGUGAUGCACAUUUUUGCAACUAUGGAUUGUUAUAUCCUUUUCAAACCGUCUCUGGUCCAGUUUUAACAAAACCGUAGCAUUUCUGCAACUCUGUCACAAACAAAAAAAAACACAAAGGAGGUCACAGGUGAGUUUAUUGUGAUACAGGGUGACUUUUAGAAACAGUAUCAAAGCCAAGAAACCUUUACAGUGUGCCAAACCCCUCCUCAGGCUUUCUAUGGGUGAUCAUGUCAGUGUUUGUGUUAUGCAUUUCAAGCUUCUUUGAGAAGUUUUGUAUAUUUUAUAGUAACUCAGAAAACCUCAUUAUAAAGCAGUGUUUUGCUUUUCUCAAUAUAAAUAUGGCAUCUUAUAGGUGCAGUCUGGCCAUUAUGAAAACACGUAAAAGCACUGGAUCAGUAACUGUGAUUAAUGCAUAAAGUAUUAAAGCUUCUUGUUAUGUUGCUAUGCCAAUCUUACUUAACCCAAGAAACAGGAAUCCAUAUCAGAAAAGGCUUUAUCGUUUUUUGAAUAUAAAAUGGAUUCACUCUGUAAAAGCUGCCCUCUCUGACAACAAAGACUUUGAUUGAAAAUGUCAGGAACACCAUCGACUUCUUUCUAUAGUUGGUGUGCUCUUUUACUUCCAGCAUGGCAUCUGUGAGUGUUAUAAAUGUGUUUAAUAUAUUCCUGUAUAUAGUUUAACUAACAACAAACAUUAUGCUAUUAUUUUUUAACCAGAAGGAGUAUGUUUCAUGUAUUGCUCAAUGAUUAGGUACAUUUUGUUAUUGGCCAAAACCCAAAGUAGAGAAGAAACAGAAUGUAAAAUUCAAAUGUACUGAAUUGUGAUUGAUUAUUCAAGUCAAUAAUUAUGUAUUUUGCACAAAAUGAACAACAGUUCUCAAAGCCUUUGGCUGAACACACUCUGUGUAGCAUUUAGAAAUGUAAUUACGUCUAACUUUCUGAAAUAGUCGCUUGUUCAUGUUGAGCCUUUAAAGGCCCAGUGUCCAAGAUUUAGAGGCAUCCACGGUAGAAAUGUAAAUCCUUAGUUCUCUCAGUAUUAAAUCACAAGAAAUUAACAAUCAUUUGCUUUUCUCACCUCAGAAAGAGCUCAUUUAUUAAACCCAACAAUUUAGUUUAAAAUUUGAUCUCAUGUAGCGGUCCCUAUGUCUCAGACUGCAUAAUGGGGGAAGGUGAGGUUGUGUGUUGUGUGAUGCCACUAAAACACAAACACUGGUCUUUAACAGCUGACGUUUUCACAGCAUAUGUUGUGUUUAUCUAGAUGUCUGAACUCCUAAAUGUGUCUUCAGGGUUACCUACGCCAAUCUCAGUAUUCCAGACAUUGUGCUGUUUUUUUUUUCUUCAAAACUAUAAAAACUGUGCAACAAGCCUUAAACACACAGGUAUAUGGACUACAAAAGGAGGACAGUGCAUUUAUUGAGUCCUUCUCUGAAGAGUCAAAAGACAAGGAGGAAUUCCAUUGUAAUGGUUGCAUUGAAUAGAAUGGAAAUAACAUUUAGGACUUAUGGUUUUAAAUUGUGGGACAAAUGGAUAUUAUAACUCGUACCUCAAAUCUAGCCUGGCUGUCAGUGGUCAUUUAAAGGACAGGAAUAGAAAGUCUGUGUCUGUAAUCAAAAAGGGAAGCAUGUGUUGUGUCGCAAAGCUAAACACUGACUCUAUAAGACAAGGAUCACCAAAGCUUUUUCAACACCAACCAUUGUUCAAAAUGUUGUUAUUGAAAACUGCCUCAAGCUGUUGAGCUAAUUCUUCUUUCUGCCUCUGCUACUGCAAAGGCUUUUUGGAAAUCAAACUGAUGAUUUAACUCAAGCACACAUUAAGGGUCAAAUGAAGAAUCAUAAUUACUCAUAUUUUUGUGAGAAUCUACGGUGAUAUUUUGUAACAAUAUGAAGUCUUUUGUAAAGUGCAAAUCGAGUUUAUAUUUUUCUAAGUGAACUGCAGCCAAAAGUGAAGGGUGCAUUGUAAUUAAUGCAUGCAUAAUACCUUUGUUUUGCCAAACAUUGUUUAAAAAAUAUUUCUUUUUUUUAUUUAAAAUUUUUAUGUGACUAGAAAAAACUUAAGCAGUAUUGACAAUGUGAACAAAGCUAUUGUAGUGCCCCAAAAUACCAGCAUAAUGCUGCAUAUUUUAUAAAAUUAUACAUCUGAUCCAUGUAGGUGGAAUGUUUGUAUGCAUAAUAAGUCAGUGAAUCUACCACAGUGAAUAGACUUUGAAUAGAAUGGCAUGUUAACUGCUGCCCUCUGCAUUGUGUGUAACAUGUCUUUGGCCUGAAGUGUUAUUCUGAGUUGAUAGAAACGAGUUGUCUUCUAUUAAAAGGACUUAGAUGUGUAUGUAAAUGUCUUUUUUUUCUGCCUGCAUUGACAAUAGACAAAAAAACCUGCACAGAAAUAUUUAUUUUCAUAAUUUAUCCUGUUUUGUAAACAAAUGUUUGUAAUAGAUUAGAACAUGAGUACCUUAUUUUUGUUUUAUGGAAAUAAACCCAGCCAAUACUCAAA